UCUGCUUCCUCUCCUGCUUCCGAGGCCCUGGCAGCCAGAAGGAAACAGAGUUGGCGCUGCUGCGGCCCGCAGCUUCCUUCCCUCUUGCAAUUCCUAGAAAAGUCCUGGGCGCCCAGCUGCAGCUCAGCAGAUUCAGGGCCCCAUUCAUCGUGACUUGACCGUGACCCUGCCCAGGCAAAGGUCCUCUAAGAGUGCCAGCCCUGUCUGCUCCCUAUAAAAGGCAGGCAGAGCCGCCAGAGGAGCAGAGACCAAGAGGGACCCAGAAGGUGAAGCUGCCCCUCGCCCUUCAGCAUGAAGGUCCCCGCGGCGCUCCUGGGCCUGCUGCUCCUGGCCGCUGCCUUCAGCCCCCAGGGCCUCGCUCAGCCAGAUGCACUCAAUGCCCUGGCCACUUGCUGCUUCACAUUUAGCAGUAGGAAGAUCCCUUUGCAGAGGCUGAAGAGCUAUUACAUCACCAACAGCCAGUGUCAACAGAAGGCUGUCAUCUUCAGAACCAAACUGGGCAAGGAGAUCUGUGCCGACAUGAAGGAGAAGUGGGUCCAGAGUUACGUGAAACACCUGAAACCAAAACCCACACUCUGACGGUUUGAGCUCAGCCACACGCUAGGACCAGGCCAGAGUAUGAGAAAUGACUGCUCAGUUUUCCUCCAGCCUCCCCACCUAGACUCUGGAAUAAUUUUAUUGUAAUUUCCAAACAGGAUGCUUUCUGUGUUAUGAAGCAAACGUACUAUGUUUUCGGUAAUAUUUGCUAGCAUUUGAAUUGCUGCUGGUUUAUUUUGGAUAUGAACGAUUUUUUUUCUAAAGCAAGGCCUUGAGCAAGGUGGACCCUGUCUGUGACCCCCAGUCCCAUCCGCUGUGCGUGGUGGGCAGUGGGUUUGUCUCCCGCUCCCAGGGGUUGACAGCGUGCUGCAGGAACCCUGGGUGGGAAGGGACGCUGUCACUCGGGGAGGGGACUGCCUUGUGAAUGGGAGGAGUUGCUAACUAUGUUGUUAUGGAAAGAAGAAUGCAACAGUAGGACUGCUGACUUUUUGCAGAAAAUACACCUUAUUUAAAAUCAC